AUGCGACAAGCACUCUAUUGGAAUAAUUUGGGGCGGGCAAGGCAAGGAAGGUGAAGGUGGCACAGCACGCACACAAGAGGACGGAUGCGAGUUCGUUCGGGGAAGCAUCUUCCAGUGUCACACUCGCACAACUUGCGCCCUACACACUUUCUCCUUGGUGGUUUGAGGCAUGUUUGCGCUUCGCCAAUGGACAAUAGCCCGAGUCGAGUCUCCUGAGCUUUGCCCAGCCCCAAAGCUUCAGCGGCAUGUUUGCGAGCCAAUUUCACAGUCCGAAAUUGAAUGUGGUUUAUCAACCCCAGUCCAACCGCAUGGCUUUGGAAAGGAGGCGGCACGGCUGGUCACGGGAACAUCGUCACCGACAGUCGCCUUACCUGAAAGAAACAUCCCGAGCUGUUCUUUGGCUGGAUGUGUUGGUCCAACUGGGCUGGACGAACUCCAAGGGCCCGGGGGUGGGCUUGCUGAAACAUAUUGGAAGGGGAGAGAGAGGCACAGAGGAGAAGAAAGCCAACCAGCCAGCCAGUCAGGCCAGCGUUGGGGGCGAAGAGCAAAUGUUUGGGUGGUGUUCAUCGUCAGAGUUCCAGUGUCUGCAGCUAGCUACCCCCAAAUCUCCAGUCAGCGACCACAUUUCUCUUUGUCCCCGCUUCCGACUGGCAUCAAACUGUGCUGAGUCUACGGGGGGCCGUUCAUUAGCCCCUGUCACACCGGGAGCAGUCUGUAUCAAGGCCCUAGGGCAUGGAAGGGACGGGUAGGCGAAUACGGAACCUCGCAGAAGCCGUUGUCUUUCAAAACGCGCCUUAACGGAUACCAUGCGGUAAGAGUGAGGGACGGAUGGACUCAUCUGAGCGAAGGAGACAGCGCGCUUGGAUGCAGCAGACAGGCAUCUGGAAGAGCAUCCGGGCUCACAUAUGUCAUUCAUAACUCGCAUCGGGAGCGCU